CUCGUCCUGUUGUCCAUCACUUCCUGUCUUGUUCUUGAUCUGUUUGUAGUAGUAAACAAUUAGCUAGCUUGCGUUUGCUACAAUGUAUCAACGCUCAACAUAACUAGACAUUCGCGAUGAAUUGUCGCUCGGAAGUUCUUGAAGUAACUGUGGAGGCGAGACAGGUUGAAGAAGCUAUGCUGGCUUUGCUGCACACAAUUUUACUGCACCGGAGCACCGGGAAAUUUCACUACAAAAAGGAAGGCACCUACUCCAUCGGCACUGUGGGCACACAGGACAUCGACUGCGACUUCAUAGAUUUCACCUUUGUCAGGGUGUCCUCGGAGGAGCUGGACAGGAUGAUCAGGAAAGCGGUGUCUGAAUUCAAGGAUGCUUUGAGCAACUCGGGCAGCGACGGCAUGGGACAGAUCUCCCUGGAGUUCUACCAGAAAAAGAAGUCUCGCUGGCCUUUUUCUGACGAGUGCAUUCCUUGGGAAGUGUGGAGCAUCAAGGUGAAUGUUGUCAACCUGGCCAAUGAGCAGGAGAGACAGAUCUGCAGGGAGAAAGUGGGUGAGAAGCUGGGUGAGAAGGUGAUCAACGUCGUUGAGGUCAUAAAUCGCCACGAAUACCUGCCAAAGAUGCCCACCCAGUCAGAAGUGGACAAUGUGUUUGACACCACUCUUAAAGAUGUUCAGCCAUACCUUUACAAAAUCACAUACCAGAUCACUGACUCACUGGGUACUUCUGUUAGCACCACUAUGAGAAGGCUGAUAAAGGAUACACUAGCACUGUGAGGGAAAUAUUUAUGGUGUGGAUCUUUCAUAUGUCUAUGGUCCUGCUGUCAUUUCUUUUCUAUGUUUUGUCAGCUAUACACCGGAACAACGAGGCAGUGUCAGUAUAAUGGUGUUCUAAUGUCUUUGUUGUGCUUGUGGUAUCAUUUGUACCUUAAGAUACUUGAUUAUGUAAUCUUCAUUUUAACAAUAUCUUGCUUGUGCAAGCUUUCCCUUUUCUCUCAUACACACUAGCAAAUAACUGUGUUUAUCAGUUCAAUUCCUUAAAAUGUUCUCUUCUUAAUAAUGUCAUCAGUGCAUUACUGUAAAUUUUGAAUAACAAUAAAUGUUUACUUUAAUUACAGCCACAGCUCGAUGCAAAACAUUGCUUCCAUAUUCUCACACUGGAUCAGUGAAAAACGUUUAUGCAAACGAUCUGGCAGAGUUUGGGAACAGAUUUCCUCAUCUGUGUGAAAACUUCCUCUGCACAGUUUCAUGGAGAGUAUGACCUUCCACAUGGGGAAGGACAGGAUUUCCAGUUUGCCACUUUUCCAAAUUAAAGCAAACACUUCCUAAGUUCACUCCCUUGUUUCCAGCCAGAAACUGCCACCAUGGCCUGCACUUUGGAAAACAUCCCUCUGUUUUCAGGAUAGUCUGCUUGCCAAGAGGAAAACAACAUGUGUGUGAAUACAUUAGGUCAACAUGUACAUUGGGUAUAAUUAUCUGUUCUCUACUUUGAGGGGAAAAGGUGUAGAACAUAUUCAAAAGCAUUAAUCACUGAAUCCAAGGCCCUGUACAGUACUGUGAAAGUAUUUGACCUCAGUUUUUAAAUGAUGAUUUCAUUUAUUAAGGGAAAAAAAUCAACAUAGUCCUACCUGGCCCCACGUGAAAGAGUAAUUGCUCCUUUUUGCCUCAUAUUAAAUCAAUUAACUGUAAUUAGCCAUAUUUUUCAGAAAAGUGAGUUCAAUUUCAGUAUCCACACCCGGGUCUGUUGAAUCAAGAAAUCACUGGAAGAUUUGCAUCCGUUACAUCUGCCAUAAAACAAACACAGUAUUUCAUAAAAAGAACAUCAGACCAACAGUCAAACAUGGUGGUAGUGUGAUGGUCUGGGGUUGCAUUAGUGCUUCAGGACUUGGAUACCUGGAUGCCGAUGGAACCAUGAAAUCUGCUCUGUACUAAAAAUCCUAAAGGAAAAUGUCUGGCCAUGAAUUUGUGCCCUGUAGCUUAAGCUCAAGUGGGUUAUCAAGCUGGAAAAAGAUCCAAAAAAGUCCACCUCUGAAUCUGAAAAAAAAAAAAUCUUGCUGUUUCUGCUCAUAACCAAUCCAGUGUGGCUGAAAUAAAACAAUUCUGCAAAGAA